AUGAGUGAUAAAGAGAAUAGUUUGGAUACGUCCACUUCUGAUACUACUCCUAAAACAGCCACAUCGGAUCAAGUUUCACCUCCUGUUGAAGAUGUUGCUUCUACAGCUUCUAGUGACGACAAGAAGAGACCAAGAGAUGAUGGCAAAGAUGUUGAAAAUUCCACAGAAAAUAAGGAAGGAGAAUCUAGUAAAGAAACUGAAAACAACGAUGAUAACAAUGAUAACAAUGAAAAUGACAAUGGUGAUGAUGAUGAUGAUGAUGAUGAUGACGAUGACGAUGACGACGAUGAAGAUGAAGAACAACCUGCAAAAAGGCGCCGUCAAGAAAGAAAUAGAUUCUUAGAUAUUGAAGCUGAAGUCAGUGAAGAUGAAGAGGACGAAGAGGAUGAAGAAGAUUCAGAAUUAGUUCGUGAAGGUUUCAUUACUCAUGAAGCUGAUGAAGAGGAAGGCGCUACUGCCAGUGGAAGAAGUGAUAAAUUACAUCGACAACUAGAUCAAGAUUUGAAUAAGACUUCUGAAGAAGACGCGCAAAGAUUAGCUAAGGAAUUAAGAGAACGUUAUGGUAGAAGUAGUUCCAAACAAUAUAGAGCUGCAGCCCAAAGUGGGUACGUUCCUCAAAGAUUCUUAUUACCAAGUGUUGAUACUGCAACAGUUUGGGGUGUCCGUUGUAGACCCGGUAAGGAAAAGGAAUUAGUCCGUAAAUUGUUGAAGAAAAAAUUUAAUCUGGAUAGAGCUAUGGGUAAGAAAAAAUUGAAAAUUCUUUCCAUUUUCCAAAGAGACAACUAUGUGGGUAGAAUUUAUAUUGAAGCUCCAAAGCAAUCUGUCAUUGAAAAAUUCUGUAACGGUGUUCCAGAUAUUUAUAUUGCACAAAAAUUAUUGAUUCCAGUUCAAGAAUUACCAUUAUUGUUGAAACCAAAUAAAUCAGAUGAUGUCACUUUAUCAGAAGGUAACUACGUUCGUAUCAAACGUGGUAUCUAUAGAGGAGAUUUGGCCCUAGUAGAUCAAAUUAGUGAGAAUAAUUUAGACGUCAUGUUGAAAAUUGUACCUCGUUUAGAUUAUGGUAAAUUCGAUGAAAUUGAUCCAGUAACUAAUCAACGUAAAUCUAAGAGAGCCACAUAUGCACAUAGAGCACCAGCUCAACUAUUUAACCCAACGAUGGCAUUAAGAUUAGAUCAAGCUAAUUUAUAUAAAAGAGAUGAUCAUCAUUUCACUUACAAAAACGAAGAUUAUAUCGAUGGUUACCUUUACAAAUCGUUUAGAAUACAAUAUGUGGAAACGAAAAAUAUACAACCUACUGUGGAAGAACUAGCUAAGUUUGGUUCCAAAGACGGUGCAGUUGAUUUAACAACAAUUUCUCAAACUAUUAAGAAGGCACAAGCAGCAAGAGUUACUUUUCAACCAGGUGAUCGUGUUGAGAUAUUAAGCGGGGAACAACGUGGAUCAAAGGGUAUUGUCGUCGGUACUACUACUGACAUUGCCACUGUUAAAUUACCAAGCUACCCAUUGAAACCAUUAGAAUUCCCAGUAUUAUCAUUACGAAAGAUUUUCGAACCUGGUGAUCAUGUAACUAUCAUUAAUGGUGAACAUCAAGGUGAUGCUGGUUUAGUGUUAAUGGUUGAUCAAGGUCAAGUGACAUUCAUGUCUAAUCAAAAUAGAGAAGAAGUUACCAUUACAGCAAAUAACUUAUCUAAAUCUAUUGAUUCUACUCCAACGUCGAGUGAAUAUUCAUUACAUGAUAUCAUUGAAUUAAGUGCCAAAAAUGUUGCUUGUAUUAUUCAAGCCGGUCACGAUAUAUUUAAGGUAAUUGACGAAACUGGUAAAGUCUCUACGAUUACUAAAGGAACAAUAUUAGGUAAGGUGAAUACGGCUCGUUCUCGUGUAACGACAGUGGAUGGGAAUGGUAAUGAAAUUAAGAUCGGUGAUAGUAUUGUAGAGAAAUUGGGUGCUCGUCGAGAGGGUCAAGUAUUAUAUAUUCAAACUCAACAGAUCUUUGUUGUCUCUAAAAAGAUAGCGGAAAAUGCUGGUGUCUUUGUUGUUAAUCCAGCCAAUGUGGAAACUGUUUCUGCUAAGGAAAAUUUAUUGAAUAAUAAAUUGGAUCUAAAUAAAAUGAAUCCAGAUAUAAUUUCGCAAAUGGGACCACCAGGAUCGUCAUCGCCAAAUACAACUUUUCAAAAACCACAAAUGAGGACAGGUCGUGAAGUCGCGCUAGGUAAAACUGUACGAAUUCGUCUUGCUGGUUAUAAAGGUCAAUUAGGUAUAGUUAAAGAUGUUAAUGGUGAUAAAGCUACUGUUGAAUUACAUUCCAAGAAUAAACAUAUUACUGUUGACAAAACUAAAUUACUAUAUUACAAUCGUGAAGGUGGUGAAGGUAUUACAUACGAAGAACUAGUGAAUAGACGUGGUAGAGUCCCACAAGCAAGAUUGGGUCCAAGUUAUGUCAGUGCUCCAAGACAUAUGAACAGUAUGUCUCAAGUUGGACAAGUUGGUGCUCCAUUAAGUGGUGGUAUGACUCCAGGUUGGAGUUCGUUUGAUGGUGGUAAGACGCCUGCAGUUGGCGCUCAUGGGUCUUCAUCUAGUGUUGGUUCUACAUCUACAUGGGGUGGUGCUUCAACUUGGGCAGGCCAAGGUGCAGCUGGUGCCGCAUCAACAUGGGGUGGUGGUGGUGCCUCAGCCUGGGGUGGCCAAGGUGGUAACACGUCUACAUGGGGUGGACAAGGUGGUGCUACAUCUACGUGGGGUGGGGCUUCAGCUUGGGGUAAUAAAUCAUCCUAUGGUGGCGUCUCCACCUGGGCAAGUGGUGGUGAGGCUAACGGUGCCGCAUCUACUUGGGGUGGUGCUAGUAAACAUGCUAAUGCGGGUGGUGCAUCGACCUGGGCUGCUAAUAAUGAAGGUGGUACUUCCACAUGGGGUGGUGCCAGUAAACAUGCAGGUAAUUCUUCUACUUGGGGAGGCAAUACCGAUAACAGCCAGCAACACUAA